AGUGAGCGUGAGUGAUUAGAGUGUCAUUACAUGAGGCAGUGAGUGAAUGUAUACUAAGAGUGUGAGUAUACUCAAAGUGAGUGUUGUACUAAGUGAGUGAGACACGGCUACAGAGUGCAAUACGGAAUGAGUGUGACAGACAUUGAGUGAGUGUGAUACUGAGUUAGUGCUAUUUCAUGUAUGAGUUUGAGUGACAUAAGCUUCUAAAGGAAGGUAUAGGUUAUCCAAACCACACUCCCACGAGUGACUGAGAAAGCAUUGGAGAUGGAGAAGGCUGCAGGACAAGGGACCAUUGGGCAGCUGUUCUUGGCUCUUUAUGAAAUGGGCUUCGAGGAGGCGCAAGUCCAGGCUGCUUUGCGAGCUGGAUGUUUCAUGGUGCAGGACGCGGCAGACUGGAUUCUUCAAAAGGGCCAGCAACAUGCCACAUUACACACGCGUGUGGAAACCGAGGCUGAACAUGGAGCUGUGACCGCUUUCAACUCACCGCUAGAAAGAGCACCAUCUUCAUCAUCUUCCGUUCCUAGCACAUCCCCAGAGCUGGAGUGUCAUCCUCUGAGCAGUUCUAACCGCGCUAUGCAUAGAAUGGCGUUUGAGAAGAAACAAAUUGCCAGUUUGACUCGUGAAGUGAGGGAAGAAAAACGUUCUAAGAAAAAGGAUCGGGAUCUGGUACUCCAGCGUAUUGCAGAAGAUCGUCAGAAACUGCAGGAAAAGGUGCAAAAAGCUGCAGCAGAGACAAAUCAAGUUUCAAGGGGCACGGAUCUUCCAGCACCAGAAACUGGCUGCGCUCUGAUGGUGCGUCUCCCUUCUGGGAACUCCAUCCGUUUGCAGUUUGCUGCUGACACCCUCUUGCAGUGUGUCUGUGAUCAUGUGGACUGUAUUCAACCAUCUUUAGCACCCUGCAGUCUCUUGCAGACCUUUCCCACUAGACACUUCACCGAACAAGAUCUGAGGUGUAGCUUGCAGGAACUCGGACUUACACCCAAUGCCACGCUUUGUGUACGUCCCCAAGAGAAGUCAUGCUCUCAGCAGCAACGUGACUCAACCUUAACGGAUCCUUCCCCGGAGCCGGUGGACAGUAUUUGUAGUCCAGAUGAUCUAAUGGCACAGGGAAAGCGACUGCUGCCCAUCAUGGGUUCUCCUGCACACUCUGUGUCCCACAGCUUUACCAUCAGAGAUGAACUUCCCACCACCCCACAACACACUUGGGGUCGUGGACAAAUUUUGGUCCAUCGGGAGCAAGAUGGAGUCGAGGGAGAGCAGGCUGCAUCUCAAGGUACGGAUUUGACUCCCCCUGUUUCAAGGUCACUGAGCCCAAGAUCGCACCAGUGGCCAUCCAAUGGAGUGAGACUCAGACCAUCAGAUCAGAGCAAUGAGUUGAGGUCUCCAGGAUCUCCACCAGCUCAACCAGGACUCCCAAAUCUCAGGGCAAGAAUGGCAGCUGAACUUCGACAGGAGAGUGCAGAAAGAGUGCCCACUGUUAGCAGAAUCUCUAGAGUCUCCUCUGUUCCAAGCUUGCACCAUCUGGCCCUGCAAGGCGCACUUGUUCUUAUCACUGCUCCCUCAAUGCAGUACUCAAGGUCCCUCUCUGGUCUCACUCCGGAGUUGGCUGAAUUCAUUGUUGAUCACAUGAUUAAGGAGCGAGUCCUGAGACCAAGGACACUUGAAUUAUUUACUGGCUGCCCUAUAAGAAGCCUAACCCUCAACUGCUACCCGUACUGUACCAAUGAUCUCAUCCGACACCUCCGGGGCUUCCCGAACCUUAGGACUCUCAGUUUGAGCUCGUGUACACUUAUCACUGAUCAUAGUCUCUCGGUCAUACAGUAUUUGCACAAGUUGCAAUACCUGAAUCUCAGCUCCUGUGUGAAGCUCACAGAUUUGUGUCUGGUUUAUCUGAAAGGUUUGGAUCAUCUAUCACACCUUGUCUUGGAUCAGACCAAAGUGAGCGAUGAUGGAAUGUAUGAUUUUCUGGUCCAUUCUCGGUGUUCACUUACUCACCUGAGUGUAAAUCAGACUGCUGUGACUGAGCGCACGCUCAACCUGUUGAGUCAUCGGAUCCCAGAUCUGAAACUAUUGAGUAUCAAAAACACCCAGAUCUCGGAUGUUUCUUCUCUCAGUGAACUUAAACAGUUAAAUUCUUUGCAUUUAGACAACACAAAGGUUACAGAGCAGUCUCUCAUUGCUAUCCGUUCACUAGCUACACUUUCAUUGCUCUCACUUUCUGGAGUGCAAUCAUUGACUUCAGACCGUGUACUUGAAUUGCUGUCAGGUCUUUCUCUGACCCGGUUGGUGCUUCCUGGAAGGCGCUGUCUCACAGUUAAUGGUCUCUCAUAUCUACGCCAUCUGCAUCUGCUGGUGGAGUUGAAUCUGACAGAUCACACACACAUUACAGAUCAAGGUGUCCAACAUAUCUCACACCUGGCCAGGCUGCAAGUUCUUUCCCUCUGUAACACAUCCGUGACAGAUGCUGGACUGCUCUACUUGCGGGGACUCCGGCACCUGGAGGAACUAAGUUUGGACCGGACUAAGGUGACAAGCAGAGGAGUUUCUCAGUGCAUUCCCACGCUACCACACCUGCAGGUUCUUGGUCUUUCAGAUACAGGUGUUGGAGAUAAUGUUUUGAAAUUUGGCAUCCGACACUGCAAGAAUCUUCUGAAGGUUAAUCUCAGCCGUACUCGAAUCACAAACAAGGGUCUCCGGUAUCUGAGGGUGGUUUCUGUAGUGCAGUUGAACCUCGAUGGUACUGGGGUAACAGCACAGGGAGUGUCUGACCUGAUGGCAUCAUGUGGUUCUAUUAUUAGUGUGAGAGCGAACAACCUUCGACAGAUCCCAACUGCGGAUGUUUCUGAUGAGGAGGAAGAAAUGCGCUGAACCGUGUCCUGGUGCUCUAAAUCCUACGCAGCCUGGAACAGGCAUCUUAAAGUCCAGCUCCCAAGAUAAGAGCUUAAAGCUUUUUAUCUUUGAACUGAAUCUCCUUUCCUUCAUUUGGUUCUGACUGACCGGAGGCCAUGCCUGGAUUUCUUGAUUAAAGCAGGUGUUUGUGUGCCAUACUGGUUACAAUGUAUUCUGUGUUCUGAGCAACAAAUAUAGCUGCAUUAGGAAGUCCAGAAGACGAGGAGACACCUCCAACUACAUUGUGGAUGCAUGACCAAGAGAGAGAGAUUUCCCCAAUAAUCUGCAAAUAUUAUGCAAUUCAUUAAAGAAUACCUCGACAACCACCAGUCACCAGGUCACCUAAUCCCAACAAUGCUGUCCCUUACCCAACCCAUCAAUUACUAACCUCCCCAAUUAAUAAUGCAACACAGUCUUGGUCAGAAAGCACAAACAUAUAUUUUAUGCAAGAUAAAAACUGCAUUUAACAAA